AUGCCGUACACGCCGACACCGAGUACGCUCAAGCCUGCGGAGGUCGCGGUCGCGCUUGUCGAGUCUGCGGUGUUGAAACAUCGGACGAGGCUAGACAUGAUAUUUUUCAAGGCCUUUAUGGCAGGCGCGAUGCUCUCCUUCGGCGGUCUGCUCUCUGAGGUCAUCCAGGGUGGAGCGGCAGGGCUCACGGCGUCGAACCCGGGGAUCGUGAAGGUGCUGGGAGGGUUUGUUUUUCCUGUGGGUUUAGUGAUGAUCGUCUUGCAAGGACAGGAGCUUCUUACGAGUAACAUGAUGAUCUUCCCCAUGGCUGCCAUCAAAGGCGCAAUUCCGUGGUGGAGUAUUCCUCUGAACUGGCUCGUCGUGACCUUUGGCAACCUUACCGGAAGCCUGUUCUUCGCUGCCAUCCUCGUCAAAUAUUCUGGCAUCAUUUCGACGGCACCGUACGAUACCUUCGUACAGACGUUCGCCAUCCAUAAAGCCGGCGAUCCCCAAUGGCACCAGAUCUUCCUUCGCGGGAUAGGCUGCAAUUGGCUCGUGAGUAUCGCGAUAUGGCAGGCAGCCGGGGCGCGGGAGACGAUCUCGAAGAUAUUCGCGAUUUGGAUACCGAUUUGGAUAUUCGUGUCGUGUGGAUAUGAUCACGUUGUGGCGAAUAUGUUUUCUGUGCCAUUGGGGAUUAUGUUCCACGCAGACGUACGUUUUUCCGUUGAUCUAACUUCGCACUUCGUUUCACUGAUCUUCAUAACAGUUGACCACCGCAGAAUACAUCCGCAAGUAAGUGCUCUCCUUUCUCCGUCUCUUAUUCCCUCUCCUUAA